AUGACCGACAGCAGACUCCGCCAGACCCGGCGCGAUGAGGCCAUUCGUCGUAAAAAUGAAAGCGACUUAUCCAAGAAAAAAGUCGUCGCCGGCAAGAACCGCCAAGUGCGCCGUCCUCCGCCCGGCACCGUUCUCGCGCUCCGCCCAAGUGCCGCGCUCCAGAUCAAGCCCAACACGACCGUCGCCGAAGCCGCCCAGCUGAUGUCCGCCAAGCGCGAGAACUGCGUACUUGUCACCGACGACGACGACCGCAUCGCCGGCAUCUUCACCGCAAAGGACCUCGCCUUCCGCGUCGUCGGCGCGGGCGUCGACGCCAGAGACGUCACGAUCGAGCAGAUCAUGACAAAGAACCCGCUCUGCGCCCGCACAGAUACGUCUGCUACCGACGCGCUCGAUCUCAUGGUGCGCAAGGGGUUUCGCCAUUUACCCGUCAUGGACGAGAACCAGGAUAUCUCGGGCGUGCUCGACAUCACAAAGUGCUUCCACGAGGCGAUGGAGAAACUCGAGCGCGCGUACCAGUCCUCGCGCAAGCUCUACGACGCGCUCGAAGGCGUCCAGUCCGAGCUCGGCGCGUCCCAGCCCGCCCAGAUCAUCCAGUACGUCGAGGCCCUGCGCACAAAGAUGUCGGGCCCCAGCCUCGAGUCCGUACUGGACGGCAACCCGCCCACGUUUGUCAACAUCCGCACGUCCGUCCGCGAAGCCGCCGCGCUCAUGCGCGAGAACCACACCACCGCCGUGCUCGUCACCGACAAGAACGCAAUCUCGGGAAUCUUCACCAGCAAGGACGUUGUCCUGCGCGUCAUCGCCGCCGGCCUCGAUCCCUCGCGCUGCUCGGUCGUGCGCGUCAUGACCCCGCACCCGGACUUUGCGCCAAAGGAAAUGAGCAUCCAGGCCGCGCUCCGUAAGAUGCACGACGGGCACUACCUCAACCUGCCCGUCAUGGGCGACGACUCGGAGAUCGUGGGGAUGGUCGACGUCCUCAAGCUCACGUACGCCACGCUCGAGCAAAUCAACUCGAUGCAGACCGCCGAAAACGAAGGACCGGCAUGGAACAAAUUCUGGCUGUCGCUCGACAACGACGCGGACUCGCUGCACUCCGACCACCUCAGCUCGCACCGCGCCGGAACCCCAUCCUACUCUGACCUCGGCGGCGCGCUGCCGUCGUCCCCACCCCCGGCGCCGUCCUCGUUCGCGGGUCCGUCGCCUACAAACGAGUUUCACUCUGAACUCGGGCCGACAGACUCGGCCUCGCACUACGCUGCCGACGAGUCCACGCUCGCCAACCGCUCCGUCAUGCUCAGCGCCGGCGGCGGAAGCAAGGCCGGCGAAGACGAAAGCUUGACCUCCUUCACGUUCAAAUUCAAGACCCCCGGCGGCCGCGUGCACCGCAUCCACCACCCUGCCGACGAGGGCUUCAACUCCCUGCGCGACGUGAUUGCGCAAAAGCUCGGCGCCGAGCUUGCGCUGGUUGGCGGCGCGGGCGAGUACGACGACGAAGGCAACCUCUCCUCCGCCGGCUUUGCAAUCAGCUACGUUGACGACGAAGGCGACGUCGUCCUCGUCUCGUCCGAUAUGGAUCUGCUCGAAGCCAUCGCGCUCGCGCGACAGUCGGGCGUCAGUAAAGUCGACAUCUUUGUCCACCACCCCGACGAAGCGCCCAGCGUCCCCGCGCCGCCGCCCGUGCCUUCGACGCCGGUGCCUGCUGCUGCUGCUGCCGCCGUGCCUGCCCCUUCGUCCUCCGCGCCAGGCACGCCGUCGAAAGAAGGCACAUCGCCUUCGCGCGCAGGCGCAGGCGCGGGCGAGGACGAAGUCCGGCGGCCGCGGUACAAGCGGUACUCGUACGGCGCCGUGGGUUCAGACAAGGACGCGAUCCCCGGGAUUCCGAACGAGUUGCUGCUUCCCGGCGCGCUGGUGACGCUUGCGGCGUCGAUUAUGAUUGUGUUUGUGCUCAGUCGGGCUGCGACGGGCAAGUAG